AUGGCGGCUCAAAUUCCCCUCGAGCCUAUCAACUGCAGACUCCUGGAGGCUGCAGGGAAGCUAGGGUGCUUGGAGGCGAUGACGGUGAUUGCUGCAGCAUCACAGUUGCCGCAUCCUCUCUCGCAGCAUCCUCUGGACGUCACGGAUGCUGCCACUUUGAUCGGCCGGUCACAGUUCGCACAUCCCUUCUCCGAUCACAUUACAAUGAUGAAUGUAGCGUAUGCUUACGCUCACAUAAUCAAGGAGGAGGAGAUGGAUCCUGCCCAAUGGUGUCAUGACCAUUUCCUGUCUCAGAGCAGUUUGGACCAUCUCUGGUCCAUGCAAUCGCGCCUUCGCCAAAAGGUCAACAUGCGAUGGCCGAAUCGCUUGGGUGUUAGCGACGUUCGUGACCCCAACUACGAGCUAACAAUUCGCAAGGCACUGGCCGUUGGCCUUGCGACACAAUCUGCCGUGCUUAAGAAAGGCACCGAUACUCACAUCACGGUGAACUAUAACCAUUCGGGCCUCAUCAAUGCCGACAGUGCCGUGAUGUAG